GGUGAAACUCAUUGAUCAAUGACUUCAAACCACCAUGUUCUGUUUCCCGCACAAUGACAUUGUUUCUCAGAUUCUACCCAUUGAGCACCACUUGGAAGCGGAAACAAAAACUUCAACUUUUCACGACCCUUUUGCACGCUUCGGAACCCCAUCCCCCUCACAUCAUCUCCACCAAUAUCUCCAUCGCUCACUGUGCAAAAAUCGGGAAACUUGAAGAAGCUCGCCACAUGUUCGAUGAAAUGCCGCUUAGAACUGUUUCCUCAUGGAACACCAUGAUUUCUGGCUACUCUCAAUGGGGGAAGUACACUGAAGCUUUGAAUCUUGUUUCCAUCAUGCACAGCUCUUGUGUUAAGUUCAAUGAGGUUUCUUUCUCUGCGGUUUUGAGUGCGUGCGCGCGUACUGGGUCUUUGUUUCUUGGAAAGCAGGUUCAUUCCGUCCUUUUGAAAUCUGGACAUGAGAGGUUUGGACUUGUGGGGAGUGCUUUGUUGUAUUUUUAUGUACAUUGCUGUGGAAUAGGAGAAGCUGAGCUGGUUUUUGAGGAGCUGUGUGAUGGAAAUCAUGUGUUGUGGAGUUUGAUGCUUGCGGGGUAUGUGCAGCGUGAUAUGAUGGGUGAUGCUAUGAAAAUAUUUGAAAAGAUGCCUGUUAGGGAUGUUGUGGCUUGGACUACGUUGAUAUCCGGGUAUGCGAAGAGGGAAGAUGGGUGUGAGAGGGCUUUGGAUUUGUUUGGGUGUAUGAGGAGGAGUUCUGAAGUGUUGCCUAAUGAGUUCACUUUGGAUUGUGUUAUAAGGAUUUGUGCUAGACUUAAGAUUCUGUGUGUAGGGAAGGUUGUUCAUGGACUUUGCAUUAAGGAUGGUUUUGAUUAUGAUAACUCAAUUGGUGGUGCACUUGCUGAAUUUUAUUGUGUUUGUGAUGCUGUAGAUGAUGCCAAGAGAGUUUAUGAAAGCAUAGCAGCAGAAGCUUCUUUGAACGUUGCUAACUCGUUGAUUGGUGGCCUUAUCUCAAUGGGGAGGGUCGAAGAAGCUGAGCAGAUCUUUUGUGGAUUGAGAGAGAAAAAUCUCAUCUCUAAUAAUUUGAUGAUUAAAGGUUAUGCGAUGAGUGGUGAGUUUGAAAAAUCGAAAAAAUUGUUUGAGAAAAUGAGUCUUAAACAUUUAACCUCCUUAAAUACCAUGAUAACUGCAUAUUCGAAAAACGGUGAACUUGAUGAAGCCGUGAAGCUUUUUGACAAAAUUAAAGGUGAAAGAAACUGUGUAACAUGGAAUUCGAUGAUGUCGGGUUACAUUCAUAAUGGUCAGCACAAUGAGGCUUUACAAUUAUAUGUGACUAUGUGCAGAUUAUCAGUCGGGUAUAGCAGAUCAACAUUCUCUGUCCUAUUUCGUGCUUGUGCAUGUCUAUGUUCUUUUCAACAAGGACAGGUACUUCACGCUCACUUAGCGAAAACACCGUACCAGGCGAAUGUUUACGUCGGGACCGCUCUUAUAGACUUUUAUUCCAAAUGCGGCCGCUUGGCUGAUGCUCAAAGGUCAUUCACCAGCAUUUUUUCACCAAAUGUAGCAGCAUGGACAGCUCUUAUAAAUGGUUAUGCAUAUCAUGGACAUGGAUCUGAGGCAAUUUUACUCUUCCGCUCAAUGUUAGUUCAAGGAGUUAUUCCAAACGCAGCUACUUUGGUCGCUGUUCUUUCUGCCUGUAGCCAUGCCGGUCUAGUUGACGAAGGUUUGGAAAUCUUCCACUCAAUGCAGAUAAGCUACAGAAUAACCCCAACAAUAGAACAUUACACAUGUGUGGUGGAUCUUCUUGGUCGGUCCGGCCAUGUGAAAGAAGCAGAAGAGUUUAUUACACAAAUGCCUAUCAAAGCAGACACUGUAAUUUGGGGAGCUUUGCUUAAUGCCUCGUGUUUUUGGAAUGACAUGGAAGUGGGAGAGAGAGCUGCUGAGAAGUUGUUCAGUUUGGAUCCAAAUUCGAUAUCUGCUUUUGUUAUUCUGUCUAACAUGUACGCCAGACAAGGUAGAUGGGGGAAAAAGACAAAAAUUAGGAGGAGAUUACAAAGUUUGGAAUUGAGAAAAGAUCAAGGGUGCAGCUGGAUUGAGCUGAACAACAAUAUUCAUCUGUUCUCUGUAGAAGAUAAAACACAUCCUUAUUCUGAUGUUAUUUACAAAACUUUAGAGCAUAUAACAGCAACCAUUAACUCUUUCGCACUGUUAAAUUAUGUCUAUAGCAGCAAUGGUGUAUAGCUUUUCUAUUGUUCUUUAUGAUCUUAUUUUUGUUUCAGAUGUGCCCACUUGUAUAUUUUUAGUCAAGCCCAAAGUCUCCCAAAAGGUGAGUUUUUUUCAAACUUAAUAUUGAAUGGUUUAGAUUUCUGUAAAAUUAUUUCAGUUAAAAAACGAUUUAUAUUCAAAGACUUGAAUGCAAACGCAGCAUGUGAUUCUUGUGCAAGAGCUUGAAUGUGUUGUUAAAGGGGACUAUAGACAGCCCUAUUGAUCAUUAAUACUUGAUUUGUAGUUAUUAGGAAAAAAAACUCAAAUUUCACAUUGAAAAGAGUGUAUAAAAAGAGACAUGUAUCUCCUUAAAUUAAGGAGAAGUGGGAAUCAUCAAAUUAUAAUACCAGGGGACCUUUAAAAUACAAAGUAGUGUUUUUUUGUUUGUGUCAAUUUUCUUGACUGAAAAAGUGCAAUUAAAACUUUGGUUGUGGUGGUAAGUGACAAUUAGACUUUAAUUUUCGUCAAUUCUGCUGAUGAUCAAACCACAUAAUUGAUGUAUAAGUUUUUGUUUAUGGAUUUUAUGUGAAAAAUUAUAGCUGUUAUAUUGGUGUGACUAGAGAAAGCCAUGGUGAUAUCAACACGAACUAUUUAUGGCCGAAAUACCAACAUGGUUGGACAACUCUACCACUUUUCAAUUACGCAGGUUUAUGAGGUAAAUGGUUCAUAUUGUGGAUAUAGCCAUGGUGAUUUUUCUUUUACAGUCAACAACAGGGAUAUUUGAGCUAUUUGAUGACAAUAUCCUACUUUAGAAGCUCAAAUUGUUGUAGAGUUCUUUAUAUAAAUGGGUUUCAGAUGUCCAGAGGGAAAGAUAGUUUUUGGUGUUUUACAUAAUAGCAAUGAUAUUAGUUUAAAAAGAUGAACCUUAUAGCUAUGUGUUGGUUCCUGAAACCAUCAUGCAACUCUUUAAUUCAUGUAAUACAAGAGAGAAGUUUAUGACACAACAGAUCUUGGAGUUUCCUAUGAUAAGAGUCAAACCUUAGUGAAACUUUGAAAAACUUGUGCAAUCUUUGAGUUUCCUGAUACGGCAUGCUUUUUCAGAGAAUGGCUACUUGCAAAGUAAACUUCAUUUGUUUUUUGUUUUUAUAUAUAAUCAAAACAACAAAACAAUAUUUUUAUAUUAAACCUGUGCAACUCAUGUCAUACAAUAUAAUAUAAUAAAAUAUAUGUGGGGCACAUAUAUGGUCACACUGCAGCAUUACCCACAAAUGUGUGAAUGAUUAGUUUUUAGUGUUAACAGGAAUCAUGGGAGAGGUGGAUUCAGCUUUCAUUCAAAUUCCAGAAAACAGGCCAAAACUUUCCAUCAUCCAAGCUGAAGGAAUUCCUGUAAUCAAUCUCUCCCCAAUAAUCGACAACACAAUUCAAGACUCCUCUGCCAUAGAAAGCUUAGUCAAAGAAAUAGCAAGUGCUUGCAAGGAAUGGGGUUUCUUCCAAGUAACAAACCAUGGCGUCCCUCUAAAUCUCAGGCUCAGAAUCGAGGAAGCUUCCAAAGUUUUCUUUGCACAGAGUUUGGAGGAGAAGAGGAAGCUUACCAUAGAUGAUAUUGGUUUUCCUGGUUAUCAAGAUACAGAACACACCAAGAAUGUCAGAGACUGGAAAGAAGUGUUUGAUUUUUUAUCCAAAGACCCUACUUUGAUUCCUCUGAAUUCUGAUGAACAUGAUGAUCGAGUCACUCGAUGGACUAAUCCAUCUCCUCAAUACCCUCCACACUUCAAAGUUAUUAUUGAAGAGUAUAUUAAAGAGAUGGAAAAGGUAGGCUUUAAGUUGCUAGAACUUAUAGCUCUUAGCUUAGGAGUUGAAGCAAAGAGGUUUGAAGAAUUCUUCAUAAAAAAUCAAACUAGUUUUCUCAGACUUAACCACUAUCCUCCAUGUCCUUACCCUCACCUUGCUCUUGGUGUUGGUCCUCAUAAGGACUCUGGUGUCUUAACCAUCCUUGCUCAAGAUGAGGUUGGAGGACUUCAAGUGAAGCGUAAAACAGAUCAGCAGUGGAUUCUGGUGAAGCCCACCCCAGAUGCUUACAUUAUUAAUGUUGGUGAUAUCAUUCAGAUUUGGAGCAAUGACGCCUAUGAGAGUGUGGAGCACAGAGCAAUGGUGAACACGGAGAAAGGAAGGUUUUCUAUUCCAUUCUUCUUCAACCCAGGACAUGAUACUGAAGUCAAGCCAUUAGAGGAGCUUAUAAAUGAGCAAAAUCCUUCAAAAUAUAGGCCAUAUAAAUGGGGUAAGUUUCUUAUCCACAGAAAAGACAGCAACUUCAAGAAACAAGACGUGGAGAAUCUUCAAAUUUAUCACUAUAAGCUACCCUAAAGCUAAGAUAGCAGGGCCGACCCAUAGCAAGUGCAGGGUGGGCUAUGGCACCGGGCCUCAAAAUUCCGAGGUCCCAACUCCUAAAAUAAUAAUUAUAUAUUUUUAAUGUUCAUCAAAUAUCAUAUUUGUAUUAAUGAUAGUCUAUGAUAUUUGUGUGCGUAAGGUCUUUGGUUUGAUUCCCGGCAUCCCCACUCUUUUUGCAUAAUUUUAGUUCCAGUUAUUUUCUAAUUCUAGUCUUUGAUUAAAGGGCAUCAUUUUUUAACUCGUUCCGGGCCCCAAAAUGUGUUAGACCGGUCCUGCUUGACAAUUUAAUAAAAGUAUCACUUAUGUUAUGUUUGUAGGCAAUCAAUGAUUGAUUAAAGACAAUGUUUCAAGCUAUUAAUAUAUUGAAAAAGGUGCUCUGCUAGGGCAUAGCCGCUCUACUAGAGUUUUGAUAUGAACUUCUCUUUCAUGGAAGCAAGACAUAGCAAGGGUCAUA